AUGGCUGACGAAAACACCGAUGCGAAGAGUGCAACUGCUGAAGAUCCGCCACUGAUUCUUGAAGUCAAUAGUGAGGAAGAAAUGGAAAAACUGAAGGAAAUGAGUCACGAACAGUUGGUGAUUGUGGACUUCUUCGCCCCUUGGUGCGGUCCAUGUAAAUCAGUGAAACGCGCCUAUGAAAUUCUAGCCGAACAGGAGGCGACAGUCAAGUUUGCGAAGCUCGACAUUGAUAUUUAUGAGGACGCUCCGGCAGACUUUUCCAUUGCAGCUAUGCCAACAUUUAUGGCAUUCAAAAACGGGGAAAUGGUGGACUCUGUCAUUGGACCACACAUUGAACAGGUCAAGCAAAUGAUCGCCAGAUUAAAAUAA